UGGUGGGGGGGUAAAUACUUGUGAGUGGUUUCUUUUGACGUGACACUCCCCCCUGGUCGACGGGAGGUCGACGUCACCCUGCCAGCGGAGGAGUGGAUGGUCUGUGUAAUAAAAACACAUGAAGAGAAUUGAGGAAAAGGAGAAGGCUGGCCGGGUGGGGAGAAAGGAAACAAGGCGGCGGUUCUUCCUUUCUUCUCGCCCCGCUGCGGAGCCACGGACACCGGGCUCUCUGCAGCCCCUCCGGGAUACAUUUCUCUCCCCCCGACGGGACUGUGGUGUCGGCACGGGGCUUGUUGUGCGGGUCUCUGAGCAGAUAACCGCGGCGUCUCCCAGCCCGGUGGGUCGGAGUGAAAGUCCGCCAUAUUCUGCCUCACCACGCCCGGGAGCAGCUGGAUCUCACACCACAGCUGGAUCUCUUGGAAACCAGUGAUUUUUUAUUUUCUUUCUCUUUCUUGUGGUGUUUGAAAGAUUAAAAACACAUCAACAUUGGGGACUUUGAAAGACAGGCUGGCUGGGUACGGAUGACAAUGCUUGAGGAGAUCACACAGAGCAGCGCGGAGGAUGUGUCUUAAAAAUAUCUGUUGAUCGCACUGAGACAGAAAAGCAGAUUACACCAAGAUUGCACAGAUGUUCAACUAUUGACACUUUUUUUAAGCGGUCGGGAAAGGGAGAGGGGGUCAACAAUUUCUCAAAUAUUGUGAUUUGCCUGCUCAUCCCACAGUGGACGCUCCCCGGACUGUUUUGAAGGAUUCACGCCUGUCUGAGUUCACCCCGGCGAAAGUGAAAUCUGAAUGACUCGGUACAGAGGAGGGGGUGGAAAGGCGGAAAAAGUGCGUUUUCAUUUCUGUGAACAACAACAAAAACACACCACAGAGGAGGGAGAAUGACCCUGGAGUCCAUCAUGGCGUGCUGCCUCACCGAGGAGGCGAAGGAAGCCAGACGGAUCAACGACGAGAUCGAGAGGCAGCUCCGCCGGGACAAGAGGGACGCGCGCCGGGAGCUGAAGCUGCUGCUGCUCGGCACUGGAGAAAGUGGCAAGAGCACAUUCAUCAAACAGAUGAGGAUCAUCCAUGGCACCGGUUACUCGGAUGAAGACAAGAGGGGUUUCACCAAGCUGGUUUAUCAGAACAUCUUCACAUCCAUGCAGGCUAUGAUCCGAGCCGCGGAGACGCUCAAGAUCCCCUACAAAUACGAGCACAGCAGGGCUAAUGCCAACAUUGUGAGAGAGGUGGACGUAGAAAUGGUCACCAUGUUUGAGAAUCCUUACGUAGAUGCAAUCAAGAGCUUGUGGAAUGACCCGGGCAUCCAGGAAUGUUACGAUCGAAGGAGGGAGUACCAGCUCUCGGACUCUACGAAAUAUUAUCUCAACGCCCUGGACCGGAUCGCUGGUAUGUCCUAUCUUCCCACCCAGCAGGACGUGUUGAGGGUUCGAGUCCCUACCACUGGCAUUAUUGAAUACCCAUUUGAUCUUCAGAGUGUCAUAUUCAGGAUGGUGGAUGUCGGCGGUCAGAGGUCCGAGAGGAGAAAGUGGAUCCACUGCUUCGAGAACGUGACGUCCAUCAUGUUCCUGGUUGCGCUCAGCGAGUACGACCAAGUUUUAGUGGAAUCAGACAACGAGAACCGGAUGGAGGAGAGUAAAGCGCUGUUUAGGACCAUAAUCACGUACCCCUGGUUCCAAAACUCCUCAGUCAUUCUGUUCCUGAACAAGAAGGACCUGCUGGAGGAGAAGAUCAUGUACUCGCAUCUGGUCGACUAUUUCCCAGAGUACGAUGGUCCACAGAGGGAUGCACAAGCAGCUCGCGAAUUUAUCCUCAAGAUGUUCGUGGACCUGAAUCCAGACAGCGAUAAGAUCAUCUACUCUCACUUCACCUGUGCCACCGACACAGAGAACAUCCGCUUCGUCUUUGCCGCCGUCAAAGACACCAUCUUGCAGCUAAACCUAAAGGAGUACAACCUGGUGUAGAACGUGGCAGGGUUUCUGACUGCAGGCCCUCGACACACACUGACUGACACAAUCUGUGAAAAGAUAGAUCACACAAACACACACAUAGAAGUACGUCUGAGGAAAACAAAAUCUAACGGUUGCAAAAUACUAAUUUAUUUGCCAUUUGUUGACCUCUUGGUUUCCAAAGGGGUGAGCAAAGUAAAUGUUAUAUUUAAGGAGUUGAUGGGGAAAUGGGAGAAGGAGCAGGAUGUUCCCAAGAGCUGGGGAAGGUGCUGAAAUGAAUGCAGCGUGCUCUGUCCAACCUGCCCUUUUAUAAAUGAGGAAGAAAAGCUUUUGAUUCCCUUUGUUUGUCCUCCCUCCUUACCUGUCGUUUCAUUCUGAGGCGUCCGCAUCCCA